CGCACGGUCGCGCCCCGCUCCGCUCCUCUCCCUGCCGGUACCGCUGCCGGUACCGCUGCCGGGAUCGUUAUCCCGCCCCCGCGCUGGCCGCCGGCAUGAAGACGGAAGAGGCUCCGUCCUGCCUGCAGCAGGCAACGCCGGUCCUGGGCUUCGGUUCGGACUCCAAGAUGCGGGAGGUGUGUGCUGGCUGCGACACCCCCAUCUCCGACCGGUUCCUCCUGCGAGUCAACGAGCGCUCGUGGCACGAAGGGUGCGUGAAAUGCGCCGUCUGCCUGCAGCCCCUCUCCGGGACCUGCUACUGUCGCAACCGGCAGCUCUACUGCAAACACGACUACGAGAAGCUGUUCCAGACCAAGUGCAGCAGUUGCCUGAAGGCGAUCGCCCCGUCCGAGCUCAUCAUGAGGGUGCUGGAGAACGUCUACCACGUCCACUGCUUCUACUGCUGCGAGUGCGAGCGGCGCCUGCAGCGGGGGGACGAGUUUGUGCUCAAAGAGGGGCAGCUGCUGUGCCGCAGCGACUACGAGAAGGAGAAGGAGAUGCUGAGCGCCAUCAGCCCUGCGCCCACCGAGUCCGUGAAAAGCGAGGAUGAAGACGGCAGCCACCCGCACGGCAAAGGCAGCGAGGAGAGCAAAGACCACAAGCGCUCCAAGCGCCCGCGCACCAUCCUGACCACCCAGCAGCGGCGGGCAUUCAAGGCCUCCUUCGAGGUUUCCUCAAAACCUUGCAGAAAGGUGAGAGAGACCCUGGCAGCUGAGACGGGCUUGACUGUGCGGGUGGUACAGGUCUGGUUCCAGAACCAAAGAGCCAAGAUGAAGAAGAUCGCCCGCAGGCAACAGCAGCAGCAGCAGCAACAACAGGAGCAAGACCAGCUGGGCAACCCCCGCUUAGGGGCUGGGCGAGGGACCGGUCGCAGCAGCCGGCAGAGCAACGACGACAGCGAAGACGGCGCGAGCGUUCACGGCCUGGAUGGGCUCAUGGUCCCCUACCCCCGGAUCCCCCAGCAGCAGCUGCUGCCCCUGGACCAGAACGGCUACAGCACAGAUUUGUACAGACAAGGGCUGACGCCGCCCCAACUGCCGGGGGACCACCUGCACCCCUACGACUCAGAAGGAGUUUUUCACGAUAUGGACAGUGAGAGCAUCAGCCACCUGGGAGACUGCCUGCUCUCAACGGCCGAAGCCAACCUCCUCCAAGCCCGCGUGGGCAACCCCAUUGACCGACUCUACUCCAUGCAGAGCUCCUACUUCACAUCCUGACCAUAGAAAAGCUCCCAGCUCUUCACGAGUAUCUCGGAUGGAUGCUGCUUCAAAUUCAGAACAAGGGUGAGGGGGAAGAAACAAGACUGAGACCUUCAGAGACAUUCCUCGAGCACUGCACGACGGAGGAGGCAUUUAGGUCCACCACACGUAUAAGCACUAAUUCACGGAGACCUUUCACAGCCUGAAGGACUUUGGAUCGCCUCUCUCCUUUUUUCUAGCCACGAGUAGAUCGACGGUAUGAUGUUGUUUAGCUGUAACUUUAGCAGUUUGUCCAGUGUUUAAGCUUUUUGAGCAUUAUGUCCUGCAAACAAAGACUGGCCGAGCUAACCAGGGCUGCCCCUGGAAGUGGGAGGUGCCCUUCCCGCAAGAACUCAGUUUAUUUAAGUUUUGGUUGCAGCUCAGCUGCUCACUGUGCUGGUGCUGUUUUGCCUCAUUUCCCAAUCCGGAUGCAGACUUUAUGGGACAAGGUUAACUUUCAAAAGUGAAAUCCAAGGUCCGGAGGCAUCUCCAAAGGAUGCCCCUGCUGCUUCAGAGAUUUUCUACGUGGUGGUCGAUCAGCUGGCCAAGGACAGUUUUUUAACGUUUGACGUUUCAGGAAUGCACAGUAGUUUGGCCCCUGAUUGAAACGGCAAUGCUCGGGUAUCUGCUUCAAGAAACAACAGACUAUUUAUCCUCUGUCAUGUUCAAGGAUGCCAAGAGAAGUGUAACACACCCACAGCGAGUUCUCUAUCGCCUUCACGUCUGUCUGUCUCUAAAAGAGCAGUUUUACUCCCUUUAUGGACGAAGACUUAUUCUCACAAACUGAGAGACACGGUGCCAGCCACACUAAUUUCUGUUGGUUUCUUUUUUAAAAGAGCCAAGCGAAACAAUUUUACUCCAAAAAUAUUCCUGCUAGAAAGCCCCUCCUCUGCAGGUCUGCCCACAGAGGGAUUUCCCACCCUGCCUGUGCUCCCAGUUUGCUCAGGGCGCCCGAGCACCUCGCUUCCCUCCAACAAGUGAGGAGAGGAAGAAACUGGAUGGCGUUAUCCCGCAACGUGUCCCUGCCAAGUCACUUAACUUCAAGAGGCCACGUUUGGGUUUUGCUUCGAGGGCAACCCGGGGCUGGUGUCAGGCCAAGGGAAAAGCACGUCUCUACUGUGAGUAGAAAGGAAUAAUCCAUUUUCUCCAUCCACCAUCACACCACGAGGCAGGCAAGUCACGAGAAGCAGGUGGGCACCAAUGCGUGUACCCACAAAAAACGCAAGAAAGAGAGAGCAGAGAAGGAAAAUCUGAAUUAUUACCAAAGGGAAAUUCUUUAUUCUGCUGCCGAGGACCCCAAGUCUGGGAUUUCAUUCUUUAUAUACAUGAAGGAGAGCUGGUAUUCCUGGAAAGGUCAGCUUUUCCCACGGGCCUGCUUACAGCAUGCCAGCUGAAGGAAUACGGUCCUCCAGCACUAACCUUCCCUCGUCUAUUUGAACUGAACAACUGGUGGACAACUCCAAAAGGAAAUAAUGACUUACUUUUAAAUCUUGGAUCUCCAGAGUUGUGAGUCAAGGGGUGCAACCCGAGAACCUGGCUGACUGAUGUUUCUGUAUGUGGUGUUUUACUUCUAAGCCUGCGCAGGCUUGUCAGUCUGAUUUUAAAGGUGUGUAGUCUCUUAAAUGAGGGAAAAAAAAAAAAAAAAAAAAGAAAAAACAAACAAAUAAAGAAAUGGCUAAUUUUUGUCAUCUGCAGUUACGGAGGAAGAUUCCCAGGAGGAACUAAAAAAGUUCUGGAUUUGGGGAGGAAAGGAGAUGCAGUCCUGAUGCAUUUUGCAUUUUAUCAGGACUUUUUCACCUUCUCGACUACUUAUAGAGAACUGACAUAAAGAACGAUGUGUAACAGAGCCACAGCCCUUAUAAAGAUCACUCCACCGUUGCUCCACUUUUAAUAAAGCUGUAUGAACGCGA